AUGUCUUGGCCCGAGAUCGAGCCAUCUACCAGCCACUUGACAUACCUCCUACUAAGCCUCUUCCUCAUCGCCUUUGCCCUGUUCGCAGAGCUCGUGCGCAAUCGCAUUCACCUCUCGGAACCACCACUUGCAACACUAGCCGGCAUAGCCUUCGGACCACGCGGAGCAACCAUCUUAGAUCCAUUGACCUGGGGUUGGGAAGACAACAUCUCUCAGGAGUUUACGAGGGUCGUCAUCGGCGUACAGGUGUUCACUACCGGCAUAGAACUCCCAGCGAAGUACAUCAAGAAGCAUGCACGGGGUGUUUCAUUGUUGCUGGGACCAAACAUGGUCGCCGGCUGGUUCAUCUGCACGGCUAUACUGCAUUUUGUCCUUGGGUUCAACGUCCGAAACUGCCUUGUCAUCGCAGCGUGUUUGACACCUACUGAUCCAGUGCUGUCCGCCAGCGUGUUGGGCGAAGCACGGUUCUCUCAACGGAUCCCCAAACGGUUGAGACACAUCUUAUCUGCUGAAUCUGGCUGCAAUGAUGGCUCUGCAUUUCCGCUGAUUUAUGCUGGACUCUACAUUAUGACAGCUCCCAGCUUCGGAGAGGGCUUCAAGGAGUGGUUCUUGAAUGUCAUAAUAUGGCAGUGCAGCGUCGGCAUCAUUGUUGGCGUUAUUUUGGGACUGGCAGCCAAUCGAGCACUGAAGUUCAGCGAAAAGCGGAACUUCCUACAAGAAGCGACGCUGUUUGUCUUCUACUUCCUGCUCGCCAUCCUGUGCGUCGGCGUCGGCGCAACACUGGGCCUUGACGACUUCCUCGUCUGCUUCGCCGCAGGCCAAGCCUUUUGCUGGGAUGGCUGGUUUGUAUCGAAGACUCACAAGAUGAAGUUGCCUAGUAUCAUCGACUUACUACUGAACUCGGUACUUUUCGUCUACUUCGGAUCCAUCAUCCCAUGGCAUGCAUUCCACGACACAAUCCCGCCCGGGAAACUUAUUCUAAUUUCAGUUCUCGUCCUCCUGAUCCGACGCCUGCCAGCCAUUUUGGCUCUCAAGCCCUUCAUCCGGGAAAUACAUACCUGGAACGAGGCUCUCUUUGCAGGGCAUUUCGGACCAAUGGGAGUCGCAGCAAUAUUUCUAGCCAUGGAGGCGAGGGCGCGGCUUGAGACAGGCACGUCAGAAGUUCUGCCGCACCCUCCGCGAGACAUCAACAGAGCUUAUAACGAUGUGAUCAACCAUGUCUGGCCCAUCGUCUCAUUUGUUGUGCUUUGGUCGAUCAUGGUGCAUGGCUUCUCUGCAUUGGUCAUGGCAGUCAUCGGCUCUUUCUCGCGCCACGAAAAGGAGCGCGCGCCCCUACUGGGGAGUGAAACAGCGAGGUUGUACGGUAUGGCUAAUGAGAAUGGUGACAUGACGGAUGGAGAGGAAAGUGGUAGUGACGCUGAAGAGACAUAG